UGUGCAACGUCACCCAAGCUCAACAUAUAAAAAGUGAGCGGAGGGAGAGGAGAUCGGGUGCGUUCAGUUUUUCGUUCAGACAGCGGAAAGAUGGUUCAACAAGGCAGCAAAAGAGAGCCUAAAGACGGGCUUCUGCUUAAAGCUGGACAUCUCCCUGCUGUGAAGGCUGGAGGUAAGAGAGUGGCCAAGAAAGCCUUGGAAGAAGCCAACACCCAUGGGACCCUUGAGAAGGACACAAAAAGGUCUGACAAACCCAGGCCUCUUUCCAGUGCCAACAGGAUACAACAAGUUGGUCUUCUGGCAGGAACUCUUGACAAGCUGAGACACGACUUUCCCGAGACCCCUGUGAGCGUGAGGCACAGCGGCGCAAGACCCUCUGUGGAGAAGCCCCACUGCCCUCGGACCUUCUUCAUCCAGCAGCCCAGGAAAUUCUGAAGCAUGACUUGUUGACACAUUGUAGCCAGGUGGUUUCCUCCUUCAACUGUAUGCUCUUCGGGUUGUGGGGGAGGGUUCCUGUAUGCU